UGAUCUGACAUUACCACUUCCUUAUUGCAAAUGCCUAAGAACAGCAAAGUGGUUAAACGAGAAAUAGAUGAUGAUGUCAUCGAGUCAGUUAAGGAUCUCCUAUCAAAUGAAGACUCUGUGGAAGAUGCUUUCAAGAAAAGCGAGCUGUCGGUUAAUGACUCGGAUGACAAAGAUGUAGAUGUGGAAGAGGGAUCUGACGUAGAAGAUGAGAGACCCGCUUGGAACAGCAAACUUCAGUAUAUUCUGGCACAAGUUGGAUUUUCCGUAGGUUUGGGGAAUGUGUGGCGAUUUCCUUAUCUGUGCCAAAAAAAUGGCGGAGGUGCCUAUCUUGUGCCAUAUUUAAUUUUGCUGCUGGUCAUAGGGAUACCACUUUUCUUCUUGGAGCUUUCAGUGGGUCAGAGAAUUCGGCGUGGAAGCAUUGGAGUAUGGAAUUAUAUCAGCCCCAAGCUUGGUGGAAUUGGAUUUGCAAGCUGUGUAGUAUGCUUUUUUGUGGCCCUAUACUACAAUGUCAUCAUUGGAUGGAGUUUGUUUUACUUUUCUCAGUCUUUUCAGCACCCGUUGCCAUGGGACCAAUGUCCUUUGGUGAAAAAUUCUUCACAUACCUUUGUGGAGCCAGAGUGUGAAAAAAGCUCUGCAACAACAUAUUACUGGUACAGAGAAGCACUCAAUAUUUCCAGCUCUAUCUCAGAGAGUGGAGGUCUAAACUGGAAAAUGACGAUCUGCUUGCUGGCUGCUUGGGUUAUGGUGUGCCUAGCAAUGAUUAAAGGGAUCCAGUCUUCAGGCAAAAUAAUGUACUUUAGCUCCCUUUUCCCUUAUGUGGUACUUAUAUGCUUUCUAAUCAGAGGGCUGCUCUUAAAUGGAUCACUGGAUGGUAUCCGUCACAUGUUUACACCUAAGCUUGAAAUAAUGCUGGAGCCCAAGGUCUGGAGAGAAGCUGCUACUCAGGUGUUCUUUGCCUUAGGGCUUGGAUUUGGUGGAGUCAUUGCCUUUUCAAGCUACAACAAGAGAGACAACAACUGCCAUUUCGAUGCUGUUCUGGUGUCCUUCAUCAAUUUUUUCACUUCUGUGCUGGCAACUUUGGUGGUGUUUGCUGUUCUGGGCUUCAAAGCAAAUAUCAUAAAUGAGAAAUGCAUUAUCCAAAAUUCUGAGAAGAUUGUCAAUCUUUUGAAUGUCGGCAAUCUGAGCAAGGCUGUUAUACCUCAUCAUAUUAAUUUAUCGAGCAUCACAGCAGAAGAUUAUAAUCUGGUUUAUGAUAUAAUCCGGAAGGUAAAAGAAGAAGAGUUUCCCCUUGGUUUGAAACCCUGCCAAAUUGAAGAUGAACUUGACAAGGCUGUCCAAGGAACUGGUCUAGCUUUCAUUGCCUUUACAGAAGCCAUGACCCACUUUCCUGCUUCUCCUUUCUGGUCAGUGAUGUUCUUCCUUAUGCUGGUUAAUUUGGGGCUUGGCAGCAUGUUUGGAACCAUUGAAGGCAUUACGACACCAAUAGUUGAUACUUUCAAAGUGAGAAAAGAAAUUCUGACUGUUGCCUGCUGUCUUCUGGCCUUUUGCAUUGGCUUAAUAUUUGUACAGCGGUCUGGUAAUUACUUUGUAACUAUGUUUGAUGACUAUUCAGCCACAUUGCCUUUGCUUAUUGUCGUCAUUUUGGAGAAUAUUGCCAUGUCUUAUGUUUACGGGAUAGACAAAUUCAUGGAAGACCUAAAGGAUAUGCUUGGAUUUUCACCAAAUCCGUACUAUUACUAUACAUGGAAAUAUAUCUCCCCAAUUGUUUUGUUAUCUUUGCUGGUAGCUAGCAUUGUCCAAAUGAUAUUAAGUCCCCCUGGUUACAAUGCAUGGAUUGAAGAUAAGGCGACUGAGGAAUUUCAAAACUACCCAACCUGGGGGCUGAUAGUCUGUGUGUCCUUGAUCAUUUUUGCAAUGCUCCCUGUCCCGGUAGUCUACCUGAUUCGCCGCUGCAACCUUAUCGACGAUAGCUCUGGCAGCUUGGCAGCGGUUUCCUACAAAAGGGGGCGUAUUAUAAAGGAGCCUGUGAAUCUCGAGGGAGAUGACACCAGCCUGAUCCACGGCAAGAGUCCAAGCGAGGUGCCAUCUCCAAAUUUCGGCAAAAACAUAUACCGGAAACAGAUUGGUUCUCCAACUGUGGACACUGCCCCCAAUGGCCGCUAUGGUAUCGGUUACAUAAUGGCAAACAUGUCGGAUAUGCCAGAGUCUGACUUGUAGCUGCAAUGCAGUGUUGAUGCCUCUGUUCUUGGAACAUUUGUUUCUCUUAAGAGAAGUGGUCGGCCUCACUUACCAGAGUGCAAUCUCAGGUGCCCCAUGACUCUGUGCUUAAAAACAUCCUGACAUGUGGUACAAACAAGCAGCUUGACAAUUCCCUUUGGCUUGAUUUUUUCUGGUUUCCAUUUGUACUGGAAGGGAAUGCACAUAAAAAAAUAUCAGUCAGCGAUGGCAUAGCCUUGCCAGGAUUGCCAAUUUUUUAAAGAAUUAUUUUUGCAUUUAAUUUGAAAGUUUUCUAUCUUUAAAGUACAGGUGUUACCUCAGUUUGUAACAAUUUUUUAAGUGAAUUCAUAUUUCUCUACUGCUGUAACUGGAAUUUCCUUCUUUGUUCCUGCAAGUUAACUCCCCCUGUAUUGGAAGAAAAAAAUUAGCUCCAAAGAGUUCGCCAAUCCUGUAUCGACUGCACUUAUUUGUACAUACGUUUUGUAGAUAUCCUGUACUUUUUUUAAGCACUCGCAAUUCCUUAGGCUAUUAGCUGAGUAAAAAAAAAGCAAAACAAACAAAUUUUAAACCCUGCAGAUUAUUUUCUUACAUGUAAUAGCUGUAUAGAGCAAUAGUAUUAGAAAACCAAGUAUAAUGAUGCUGGAAACACAAAAUUCCUCACACUCUGGGGAACUGCAUAUGAUGUGGCUGUAUUUUACAUACUAUAUUUGGUUUUUUCAGUGUGAAAAUUAUGUAAGACUGAGUCGCUCCAAGACUCUUAAAAGAUUGUGCAGAUUCUGCAUUUUUCUAAGCUGUGUGCCUAAAAUAAAAAUAAAAAACCCUUCCUAAUAUUUAUUGUGGUUACAAGAUUAUAUAUAUUAUAUUUAUAUAUAAUAUACUUGUAAUGUACAUAUGUAUAGUAAUGUUGUAUGUAACAGCUUCAAACUCUGAAGCAAGAUGGCUUUAAACCUGUUUUUUCCCCUGUUUUGCUUGUUUUAUGCAAAAAAGAAAUCCCCUCCCAAGUCAGUGAUAAUUAAAAAUUGUAUACCAUUACAUUUAAUCUAGGAAUAAAGAGUGUGGAAAGGUG